GUGCGGGUUCCGAUCCGUGUUGGGGUCUUUGACCAGAACGCAGGUGAUCAGCUCGUCAGAGGGUCGCUCAGCCUUACGGAGCAGUGAAGCGAAGCGGCCUGCAGGCGGCGCACUGAGCAGCGGGAAGCGUGAGGCCGAGUGUGUGACAGUGUGAGUGUGUGUGGAGGGGGAGAGGCGGGCUGAGGCUCAGGCUGAGGCUCGGGCUCAGAGAGAGCGGUACCGUCUUCUGUCCUCGAUGCCCACAAAAACACAGCGGCGCGCGGCCCCCGAAACGGACUCGGACCCACCGGCUCGCUAACGCCGAGAGAGAUGGACGCGAUCAAGAUGACACAAAGAUCCAUGUGAACUAAAUGACAGUCCAUCCAACCCAGAACCAUCAAUUCAGCGGUCUGGUCAGCAGUAACGACAAGUGCCCUUUCUGAGGUCCCUCACACAGACUCGUCUUAACCGUCCAUUUCAGCUCACUCAGUGACAUAAAUGAGUGACCCAGCAGGAGAGGUCAGGGCUGGGGUGCACACCAGAACCCACACAGAAUGUCCUGGUUCAACGGCUUCCUAGUAGCCAGAGUGGACGACCGAAAGACCGCGUGGGGCGAGCGCAAUGGCAAGAAGUCCAAGCGCAAGGGCGGCUCAUCGCUCUGCAACCCGCGCUACAUGAGCUGCCUGCGGGACAUAGAGGCCAUGGAGCCCCCUCCGCAGCCGGCCCAUUUGCAGCCCCAGUGGGCCGGGGCUGGAAGUGGAGGAGGAGGUGGCAACUUCGGCAUGCGCUGCGGUUGGCAGGAGGACCACUAUGGGAAGCGGGGGGGCGGGGGAGAGAGUGUGGGGCUCAAAUCUGUGGACCUGGGCUUCGAAGAUGGUGACGCUAAAGGCCAGAAAGGCGAGGGCCUGGGGAGCAGCGGCUCAGUGGAUGACCUCGCCGGUGGCGCCUCGCUGACGGCAGCUGACUGCUGGCAGCGUGUGGCUCGUGUUUUCCAGUCCAAGAAAUUCCAGUCACGCAAGCUGGAACGUCUGUACCAGCGCUAUUUCUUCAGACUCAACCAGAGCUCGCUGACCAUGCUGAUGGGCGUGCUGGUCAUCGUUUGUGGUGUCAUGCUCACCUUUCACUGUGUGCAUGCACCGCCUGACGUCACCUACGCGUCAGUGCUCUCUGUGGCCAUGGCCCUCUUCCUGGCCCUCAUGGUGGUCUGCAACCGCAACGGCUUCCACCAGGACUACAUGUGGAUGGUCAGCUACUUGGUGAUCGGCGUGCUGAUCGCCGUGCAGGUCUUCGGGGUGCUGAUGGUGGCCCCCCGGAGUGCCUCUGAAGGCAUCUGGUGGUCCGUCUUCUUCAUCUACAUCAUCUACACGCUGCUGCCGGUGCGCAUGCGGGCAGCUGUGCUGAGCGGAGGGGUGCUUUCUUGCAUACAUCUCCUCACGACAUGGAGGAUGAACCAGGAGGAUGAGUUCCUCUGGAAACAGCUAAGUGCGAACGUGCUGAUCUUCUUGUGCACCAACAUCAUUGGGAUCUGUACACACUACCCGGCGGAGGUCUCUCAGAGACAGGCCUUCCAGGAGACACGAGGCUACAUUCAGGCCAGGCUUCACCUGCAGAGGGAGAACCAGCAGCAGGAACGCCUGUUGCUGUCUGUGUUGCCAAGGCAUGUUGCCAUGGAGAUGAAGGCUGACAUCAAUGCUAAGAAAGAAGACAUGAUGUUCCACAAGAUCUACAUCCAGAAGCACGACAACGUCAGUAUUCUGUUUGCAGACAUUGAGGGUUUCACCAGCCUGGCGUCUCAGUGCACAGCUCAGGAGCUGGUGAUGACUCUAAAUGAACUGUUUGCCCGCUUUGACAAAUUAGCCUCGGAAAACCACUGCUUGCGGAUUAAGAUCCUGGGGGACUGCUACUACUGUGUGUCUGGCCUGCCAGAGCCCAGAGCGGACCAUGCUCACUGCUGUGUUGAGAUGGGAGUGGACAUGAUUGAGGCCAUCUCGCUUGUGCGAGAGGUUACAGGGGUGAAUGUAAACAUGCGGGUGGGCAUCCACAGCGGCCGUGUGCACUGCGGGGUUCUGGGACUGAGGAAGUGGCAGUUUGACGUGUGGUCUAAUGAUGUCACCCUGGCCAAUCACAUGGAGGCUGGAGGAAAAGCAGGGAGGAUCCACAUUACUAAAGCCACCCUACAGUACCUGAAUGGGGACUACGAAGUGGAGCCAGGUUUUGGAGGGGAGCGAAAUGCCUACCUUAAAGAGAACAGCAUCGAGACGUUCCUGGUGCUGGGCUGCAGUCAGAAACGGAAAGAAGAGAAGGCAAUGAUGGCAAAAAUGCAGCGGGCACGUGCGAACUCCAAUGAGGCCCUGAUGCCUCGCUGGGUGCCUGACCGAUCCUUCUCCAGGACCAAGGACUCCAAAGUCUUCCGACAGAUGGGUAUUGAUGAAACGUCCAGCAAAGAUAACCGUGGCGCACAGGAGGCCAUAAACCCGGAGGAUGAGGUUGAUGAGUUUUUGGGCCGAGCCAUUGACGCGCGGAGCAUCGACCAGCUGCGUAAGGAUCAUGUGAAGAAAUUCCUUCUCACCUUCCAGACCUCCAGCCUGGAGAAAAAAUAUGCAAAGAAGGUGGACGAUCGCUUUGGAGGUUAUGUGGCCUGUACGCUGCUGGUCUUUUGUUUCAUCUCCUUCAUUCAGAUUGUCAUCUUCCCUCAUACGCCAGUUAUGUUGGGUAUUUACAUCAGUAUCUUCAUAAUCCUCUCCAACAUCCUCUUCAUCUGUGCCAUUUACUCUUGUGUGAAGCUCUUCCCUGCUGCCAUGCAAACUGUGUCCAAGAAGAUUGUUCAGUCUCGCACCAACAGCACCCUGGUGGGCGUCUUCACCAUCAUCCUUGUCUUCAUCUCUGCCUUUGUCAAUAUGUUUGCAUGUGACACAGAGAAGCUUGUGGACUGUGUAGCUACACAGCUGAACUCCUCAACAGACAUGGUGACUCCCUGUAUUAUCUACAACCUCUCUCGCUCUGCUGAGGACGGCCUGGACAUUUGCCCUAGUGACAUGCCCUCAUGCCCCUUCCCUGAAUAUUUCAGCUACAGUGUGCUCCUGACCCUGCUGGCCUGCUCAGUGUUCCUGCAGAUCAGCAGUAUUGGGAAGCUGGCUCUCAUGCUGCUUAUCCAACUCACCUACCUGCUGCUCGUGGAGUGGCCAGAGGUGGUGCUGUUUGACAAUGCUGACCUCUUCGUCACCUCCAAUGCCCUAAUUUUCAAUGAAACUGAGGGGUUGAAUCUCAAUGAAACUGCCAACCAGUGUCCUUACAGUGUGACCAAAGUGUCCCUAAAGGUCAUGACCCCAGUGAUCCUCACAGUGUUUGUGCUGGCGCUGUACCUCCACGCCCAGCAGGUGGAGUCCACAGCCCGUCUCGACUUUCUCUGGAAGCUCCAGGCCACAGAGGAGAAAGAAGAAAUGGAGGAGUUGCAGGCCUAUAAUCGUCGCCUCCUCCAUAACAUCCUGCCCAAAGACGUGGCAGCCCACUUUCUUGCCCGCGAGCGCAGGAACGACGAGCUCUACUACCAGUCGUGCGAGUGUGUGGCUGUCAUGUUUGCCUCCAUCAGCAACUUCUCUGAGUUCUAUGUGGAGCUUGAGGCCAACAACGAAGGCGUGGAGUGCCUGAGACUUCUCAAUGAAAUCAUUGCUGACUUUGAUGAGAUCAUCAGUGAAGAGAAAUACAGGCAGCUGGAAAAGAUUAAGACCAUAGGCAGCACCUACAUGGCAGCUUCAGGCCUGAACGAUUCCACCUAUGACAAAGAGGGCCGCACUCAUAUCACAGCGCUUGCGGACUACGCCAUGAGGCUCCGCGAGCAGAUGAAAUACAUUAACGAGCACUCCUUCAACAACUUCCAGAUGAAGAUUGGACUAAAUAUUGGGCCAGUGGUAGCUGGGGUCAUUGGAGCCAGGAAGCCCCAGUACGACAUCUGGGGAAACACAGUAAAUGUGGCCAGUCGCAUGGACAGCACGGGGGUACCAGAUCGCAUUCAGGUGACCACGGACCUGCACCAAGUGUUGGCAACCAAAGGGUACCAGUUGGAGUGCCGUGGCAUCAUAAAAGUCAAAGGCAAGGGGGAGAUGACCACAUACUUCCUGAACGAUGGACCGCCCAGCAGUUAGCAGCGUGUUAGCAUUCCUCUGAAUCCCAUACUUCUCCAGAUGGAUCAUGGAGGAAGGUCACGCAAGACAAACUGAAGUCAAACAAGUAGCCAUGUCAUCACUUGAAGGAAAAAAAUUGCAUACAUACAAAAAAAUAUGAAUAGAAAGAAAAUAUAAACUCUGGGAUAGGGAGUUGUGAUGCAGCAGUCACAUGUUUGGCUGUACACUCCGAAGGACGAUUGUUUCUGUCUUUAAGCCUCUUUCUCAGGCUACUUGAAAGAUGCAAAGUCUGUUUAUUUAACAAAGGCCUUUUGUCGCCGAAGAAAAACGCUGUACAUAAGGCAUUUUCUCCUAUUUUUUUCCUCUAUUAUUUUAUUUCAGGAGAAUAUAAAUGCAGGUACUUGUUUUUGUUUCUGAUUUGGUUAUUUAUUUUAAUCUUGAUGUUUAGUGCAAAAAGUCCUUUAUGAGAAACAAUGUGAAACAUGCAUACACAUCUAUACCGUACAGAAGCAUGUACGUCUGUAUAUUUGUGUGUGUACAAAUUACAGUAUGUGUAUAAAUAUCGAAGAGAAAUAUUGACCAAAGACCAAAGUAUUUAAUAGAAAAAGUUUUGAAGACGUUUUGAAUAUUGUCUAAUGCUCUUAAAGCCUUUUCCCCCUUUUUUGUUCCAGUUUUGAGAGUGAAGCCCAGGAUAAUUCGAUCAACAUGACACAAGUCAUUUACCAGCUAUCUUACCAGGCUGAUGCAUCAAGCUGUUGUUUAUCUUGGAAUUUUUGCUUCUUGUCGAGAUAAAGGAUUGAGAGGAAUCGACCAGAAGGCCUGACUUUUAGAAUAACCACAUUAGAUUCCAUGGAUGGAAAGUUAAAGGCGGUGUCUUAUGCUAUAUGGAACACGAUCACGCCUGGGCUCACAACUUGUCCGCCAGAGAGACCGCAGUUUUGUUUCCUUCGUUCCAUCAGCCGUCUCUUCUUUUUCAAAGAAGUAUUUUUUGGUACAAAACAAAAUAAAAAGGAAAAAAAGUUUGUUUUGGUUGGUUUUUGUUUUUUGGAGGCAUUGGGGGAAAGCCACGGCAUUGGAUACCACGGUACCAGACAGUUUACUGAGUUCCAAUUCACAACAGAGAGACUUAUGCUUUUUUUUUUUUUUAAAGAGAGAGCGAGAGAAAUAUAUCUAUAAAUUAUGACUGAAUACUGUGCUUUGUAAUCUCGAAGGGGCAUAACUCUUUUCACUGUGAGGUUUCUAUGAUAUGACAAACUGCUUUUCUUGCCAAACCUAACUGCUCUAAAGCAUGUCUGAUUGUGGUAUCUUCUCGACAGAUUCUUUUCUGUUUGUUUCUCUAAAGUUUUAAUGUUGGGUAUUUUGUAUCACCUCUGUGUUCAUCAUUUUUAUUAUUCCUAUUAUGGUUGUUAUUAAUGUGCAUUUGAUUAUGAUUCCAUUCCAACUUUGGAGAAGGAACAAGGCAUGAACAAGCCAUUUGGGAUGGAUGUUUGAGUGUAUUGGUACUAAGUGAGUCAGCUGUGGUCAGUGAUGUAGGGUCAGCAGAACAGUAUUUGCUGUGGUGCCCUUUUAUUCCUCAAAUGCUCUUUGAAAAAAGUCAUGCUAUGAGGAAGAGAUUAGUCAGUCAUACAAGAAAGACGCGAGUAUGAUGUUCCUUAUUCAGUCUCUAGGAUUGCAUAAUUAUUUCGCUGUUGUAACAAAACCUUGUAUCUCUGAAAUGGAAACUUUGGAGGAAAAGGAAAAAGAAGGUUUAACUUUUGAUGUAUGUUAAUGUAACAAGUUUAUUCAGUUACUUUUCUGUUUGUUUAUUCAUAAUGAAGUGUUCACACAAUGUGAAGGGCAGCUGGUGUUUUCAAAUUGUGUAGAAAAUAUAGAAAUUCUGAAGGUUUUGAUACGACUGCGACAAUAUGAAAGGCUUCAUGCCUUUGCAGGCCAGUUGGCAGCUCCGCCGUCUAACCGAUCUAACAGACGUGAAAAACCCUCCACUGCAUGUGUGCAGUACGCAGUAGAGUGCAUUUGCCUUAAUUGAACAAAAGUGUAUAUUAACAGUGCCUCUCUGUCUCAUGUGGUCCACAUUAUGAAAAAACACCUGAGGCUCCUGAACAGUCCUCGUAGCUUCAUCAUUGAAAAUGCCAUUUCCAUCGUUCCAACCACUUAUUUCCAAAUAUGAACUUGCAUGGUAACAGCCCAAGCCGUGUCUUUCUCCUGCUGAGUAUUCCCUACUUGCUUAAAAAUGGCCACGGUAGUAGCACUGGUUCAUUGCAUAUGUCAGUUGAUCACAUUUGUAACCAAAAGCAGUUGCAGUUUUAUGUAAUGGAGUCAAGGACACAGGAUGAAGGCUCAGUGGGAGGGAACCGGGCAUAGUGUUGGAUCAGUUGUGGGCAGGUAAAAUGUAUUUUAAAGAAGUAUUUUAGUACUACUGACUCUCACACUGGGGCCUGUGUGAUCAGGCUGACUGACUCCUGAUCGCUCCUUUUAUUUCUGUACGCUUUUGUUUGAUUUUCUGUUUUCCUUUAGUCAAAAUACUAGAGAAGGGACAAGCUUUUCAACAUGCAAUGGAAAGACUGAUAUAGAAAUAACUUUUCCCCUCCUACAAAAUAAAGAAUAAUGUCUGUUUCGAUUGUUUU